AUGGGCGGCGCCACCAAUGAUACGGUCACAUGUGAUACGAUCGACGAAUUCGAAACCUAUGUAAAGGGAAUUUGAAAGUUUGAAAGCCAGAAACAAAAAAAGUUUAUAGUUUGAUGGAAGUUUGCAUAAGAAAAUUUUUUUCCAGUUAUUUGUACUGUUCCAAUACACUGUUUGAACUCAAAAGGCAUUCCAAGGGAACUGAGUUCUUUGAAUCUGAUGUUUCACCCUGGUGUAGGAUGUAAGAUUCAAAACUUCUGAAAAUGUAUUUAAAUGAAUCUUUAAUUGCUCGAAGAAAAUAAGGAAUUGUUCGUAUAUCUGAAUAAUCAAUUUUCUACUGAUUUUUGAUUUGAAGUUGAUCGUAUAUGUGAUUUUUGAAAAAAAUAUCCCUUCUUUUUCGAUUUUUUUAUAAACCAAAAAAAUUUUUAAAAAUUCUUGAAAAAUCAAACAAGUCCUCUCCCAUUUAUAGACAAUUUUUUUGCUCUUUAUUUUUUUCAAAAUUGCAAUCGUGGAAUAAAAAAAUUACGAGUGACUGAAAUUUUUUUGUAUUUUUUUUUGUUUGCUUAGUAAUCGUCAACCAUCUGUUCUUGAUGAAAAAAGGUUUUUUUUUGCCAAGGUAAUGGAAAGAAUGGAAAACGGUUCAACGGAUUUUUUGUUUGCACAAAAUUUACUCUUGAGAUUUCGUCCAUCCUUAAGACGGGUGUUUUAAAUUGAAAACUUUUUUUCAGUUUUGCAAUCUGUAAAAUGCUUUUCCGAAAAGUUAGCGCAAACAGUAGAAAGAAAUUUCAAAUGACAAUAACAAAAACUUAAUUUUCUUCCUUCCUGCGAUUGAAUCAUUCCUUCUAAAAAAAAACUUUUUGAGAAUUGUGAAAAACAAACGGAAGGAAAAACUGAGUUACAUAAUUAAAAAUGUGAUUUUUUUUCCCUUUUAGGUGUUUAUAUCUUUAGACGACUUUAAAAAUGUUUGUCGGGUUUGAAACCUAGAAAGUUUGAAUAAAGGUUCACGGUUUGAUGGUGAACUCGCAGCGACUUUGCAAUUUGCAAUUUUUUUUAAUGCGCAAUAGUUUGCUUAUUAAAACAUAGACAAUUGCAAAACAAAUUUUCAAACUCCAAUAUGAACAAAACAUUUAUUUAACUUAGAAACUUUAACGUACUAAGAAGUGGCCAAAAAAGCUUUUUCUGAAUGAAUUAAUGAAGUCGCGCACCAUUUCCCAUUAUUUUAAUGGAUCUGAUUCUAGACUUCUUGUAUCCUUCUCCAGUUUAUCCUUUUUUCAAAACUUUUCAUUCAAAGCAUAGUCGGAGUAUAAAUGUUCAUGAAAUUUUAAAGCCCCUUAUAAUAAAGACUCUCAAAUCGGAGGAAUUUUUGGAGGAUCGUUUGUUUCUUUUUUCUCUUGUUGAAAUCUGAUAAUCUUUCUAUAAAUAUCAUCAUUGUGUUCUUCGAGAACUCUUUUUAAAGAAAUGUGACGGAAGUUGGCGUUAAUUCAAGCCUGUCCCAAGUGAUGAGGUCACUCUACACGUGGUGAAAGGAGAAGAACAGCUUUGAUAACGAGACUAUUUCCGUCAGGUUGUUUGCUAAUGAAAAUUCUUGAAGUUUGGUCGUUUAAUGUUAAUCUGUAGGUUAAGUGAUAAGCGGUCGACUGCAAAGGUAAUGAAUGUUUGAUCUUUUUCUCAGCGAGAAAAGAAAUGACUUGUCGCGGUUUGAUUUGGAAUUAUCAUUGAGCCAUUUUGUCUCCAAAUUUGUCGAUUCGAGCUCAUGAAAGAUCAUUCGUAUUUCUAGUUAAUUUUCUCUAGACUUCGUUUUUUCUAUUCCAAAGAGCGUUCCAAGAUUAAAGAAAACAAGAAAAACUUUAUUAUUACAUCAACAUGAUUACCGUUUCAACGCUAUGAGGUGAUCAUUCGUGUGGGUGGACAUUCCUUCUCAUCGUUCUUCAGUCUUUUUCCGGUUUUUCGCAAUUCUGUCGGUUGUUCGUCGAUUCUCAGACGUAGCGGUCGGAAGAAAGCUUAAUGAAAACAAAGAACAAAAAUGUGACCGCUCGGGGCUUUUAAAACUUUGUCAGUUUGAUGAACAGCUUUCGACGAGUCACAUUUGUGUCACAGAUCCGUAAUUAAAAUCAUGAAAAAGUUUUUAUUGCAUACUCAAAACGUAACGGCGUAUGCAUUAUGAAUUUGAAAUAUUUCAGGGUUGGUUCAAAAAAGAGCGUUUUAGUAAGAAAGUGGUAAGUUACUAAAUUCAUCAAAGGUUGAGAAUUGCUGACAUCGCAUAAUCUUAAAUUCUUUUUAGUUUUUUCCCGUGCUUGUAAAAAAUCGUUCAUAAAAUGGGUUGUGAAUAUGGCCAUUUAAGAAAAUAUCGGUUUCACUUUUUGUUCUUAUGUCACACUAAUGAAAAAUGAAAUCUCUAAACUGAAAAAUCGUUAAUUUCUCCUUUCGUUUCAAAAUCCGCUGUGAACCGGAAAAAAAGUUCUUAUUAGUUUUAGUUACAAACACAAUUAAGUUGGCGAAAAAAAGUUUGCGCAAGUUUUUGUUCGAGAAUUGUCAAUUUGAAUGGUUCAAAUUUUCCGAUAGCAAAAAUUUGUUUUACAAAUUUACCCCACUUAAACUUUUCAGUGAUUAACAUCGUCUUGAAAAAAAUUAUUUUUAGCUUCAAUUUCUCUCAUUUUCAUAAAGGGCAUUAGAUAACUAUAGUUUCAGAAUUCUUAGCCCCACAAGUAGGUUCCCGAGUAGAGAGCCCAACUUGUAGACUCUUUCCGUCAGCCGGCUGCAGUCGCCAAUUUUCGGGUCUCCAUGGCUACGCGACAGACUUGCCUGCGGCUUAAUCUCCCUCAUUCUGCCAACACUCUCUGCUGAGCUCGAGUUCAUCUACAGCUGAAACGCGCCUUUUAAUUCGGCCAUGCUUCCUUGUUAUCGAGAACAGCAAUUAUAAAGGUGAACAUAUUCGCAUUUGGGCUUUCAUCCGAAAGCUUUAUGCAAAUCUGGAAAAUGCAGGGCUCUGACUUCAGCGAUGGGCGAUGAUGACGGAGGCAUCGACGACUUAUUAGAAGUUUGUUCAUUUGAUUUUUUUUUUUGAAAAGUACUAUAAGUCGUUCCCAAAUUUUUUGAGAAAUGACCAAAACUCUCGGAAAUGAGUUUUUUCAACUUUCCGAACUACAGGAAUUUGUUCUGCUGAAUUAUUGUGUGCCGUGGUUUUUUUUUCCAUCAAAACUACUCGGAUUUACCCAAAAAGCUUUUUCUAUCUUUCAGUCAGUUUUACCUGAAAUAAUAUGCUCUUAUAAUUCGUUUUGCACAACAAUUAUGCUUGAAGGGAAUGGACGAUCUUGACAACAUCCUUUUUGGGAAAACCACAACUCCAAAGAAAAAACCAUCAACAACAUCAACGUUGUCAAAUAUCUUGUCAUCUGUGAGAAAAUUUCCGGAAGUUUAUGAAAAUUUUGCUCUGACAGUCAUCGGGUGGAACAGGCACAACAGGAAGAAAGCCGACGGUCAGUUUCCUCGAGCCAUCGACCACCACCUCCGCCGCUCCUAGAAACGUUCGUUACCCUUUUUUUUUGUCACGCCUGGUUUUGUUCAGUCGCCUUCGAAAUCUUCACUGGACGAUCUUUUCGGUGAUUCUUCCUCUUCAAAUGAGCCUAAGCCUACAAAGUGAAUUUAUCAAGCCUUUGUUCAUUUAAUGCGUCAUGAAAUGACAAUUCCCAGGUAUUGCAUUCUAAACCUGUCAAGUUUUAGCCCGCCUACGCGACAGUCUAGACAGCAACAAUCCAUUUCCGAUUUAUUCGGAUCAAAUCGUAAAAAUGAACCUGCAAAAGUCGAAGCACCUCCGGAAAGAAAAGAAAGCGCUCUAACGCCUGAAGCGAAUGCUAACGUUGUUUCUCAAGUUGAUCAAAUUAGAAUUCAAAGGUUCUCAAAUUCGGAUAACUUCCAACCAAGAUUUACUUCAGGUUGGAGGCUGAAAUAGAGCGACUGAAUAGAGAACUGGAUGAUUUGAAGCGAAGAAAACGGGACGAUGAAGAGGAUCUUGAGAAAAUGUGGAAAGAUCGCAUUGACAAACUGACAAAAGAACAUGCAGAUCAGAUAGAAAAACUGAAAAGUUUGAACACGUGAGUUAUUGGUGAAUUGAGAAGAGUCGGGAAGGAUAUAUUUGUUUUUGCUCCGAUACCGCCAAAAAAUCGUAAUUCUUCAGAAUAGUUCACAUAAACAUGAGAUGCAUUACCCAUGGAGUUUACGUUUACUAGACCAACUGACUAAAGAGGAAAAUUGUGCAAAAAGCAUUUUCCAUUUUUUUUUGGUGUUUUUUCUACAAAAUUCAAACUUGAUUUUCAGAAAACAAUCGCAAGAACUAGAAAGUGAGCAUAAACUCGAGUUGGAACGCCUAAAAAACAACUAUGAUCGGCAAUUGGAAAGCCUCACUCAAACUACGGGUCAAACAAGGUUUCAUAUAUAUGUAAUUUUUGAAUCCGAAAAAAACCAAUUAUAGAGAUAUUGUAAGUGUCGUUGAGCAAGUGAACAGCCUAUCUUCUGCAAUCGAAAGGAUAGCUGAUAACGUCAAGUUUGUUCCAAAUUUAGAGUAGACAAACUUAAACUUUUGAUAGCAACGCCACUGAGAAGGUGACAACUGAGCAAGAGAUGAUAAUCCGGAUCAAAGAGCAACAAGUGCAGUCGCGAGAAGAAAGGUUUAUCUGAACAAGUUCGAGUUCGACCAAUUUUUAGGCUGGAAGAAGAAAAACGGAAGUUUGAAGAAGAACGACAGAAAGUACACGAGCUCAAUGUGCGGCUCAAUGAGAUGUGCCGCCAACAAGAAUCGAGCAUGGAAAAUGUUCAAAGUUUCAAAAAUCCAAAAAGUUUUUUUUAUAAUUUUAGGACAAGUGGAAAGUACGCGACGAUUGGAGAAAACUGCAAGCGGAAAAACAAAUUUUCAAAGAGGACCAAAAGUAUAUUCUGGACGCUUUGGAAAAAGAGAAAGAUGGCCUAGAAAGGAAGAAAGUGAGCUUCUAAAUAAACGAAAAUUCUAAACAUUUUUUCAGACCACUUUUCUUCAAGAGCAGCACGAUUUAUUGGUACGAGUAAGCACAGAAAGACAAUUGUUGGAGCAGGAAAGAAACGAUUUUUUCACGUCGGUUGGAGGCUUGUUAUUGAGUAGAGAAAAUGUUUCAGGAAGCGGAGCAUGGACAUUCGCCGCAUAAAAGAAGAAGCUUCAGAACUGGAUAUCAAAAUACGACAAGUUGCAAUAGCCGAAAGACAUGUAGACGAUUUGAGAGACACGUUCGAAGGAAAGCUCAGACAAGUACAUUUAUGGGAUACCUGACUUUUCUCGAAUGAUUUUUAGCUCAAUGAGCUGGAAAUAGCUUUGAUGGAAGAAUGUUCUGAAAUGGAUCGAAUGAGGAACCAACUACACGCCGGCGUUUUAGCAAAUCAAAAAGUAAGUCACCUGGUUCGUUUUGAUGAAAACAACUUGCGAGUAGUAUUUUUGAUCGGAAAAAAAGAAUUUUCAGGCAAGCCGAGCAGAUCCGCUAAAUUCACAUGUUUUUCCUAUACAGCUCGAGAAGGAAAGUUCUGCUCGAGACACUGGUCGCAGGUUUUUUUUUCUGCAAAUCUUUCAAAAUUAAUGAUUGGUUUUUUCCAGGAACGAUAGUGUUAGAGCUGUCUUGAAAAAGCAUUCCGAGUUUUUGGAAAAAUACGUCGGGCAAAAAGUUGCUGCGGUCGCCCCUCAGCAUUCGUGA